GCCAUUACAUGUAGAAGAAGAAAAGAAGACAGCCAGUGAAAAACAAACGAAAGUUCCGUAGAAAUGGCGUAAUCAGUCUGCUGUUUUGCCGAGUUUGUGCUUCAAUUUUCACGACCGAUAUUUUCAUUACCGACAUAAUAGAGUGAUAGUUAAUAUCGUGUUAGUGCUGAAGAAGAACUGUGGACUUCGGAACCCUCUUUUUAAUUAGCUUAGCUCGUUAGCGUCGAGGUUAGCAACGCUAAGCUAAGCAAGAAGCUAACAUGUUUAAAGUCCAAAUGCUGAGAGCGCUGAUGGAGCAGCGGCUCCAUGAUGCCGUUGAAGAAAUAUUUGGCCUCUUCGAAAGGACCAUAGAAGAGUACGAGGAGGAGCUUUCUCGAACAAAGGUGGAGAACAAGCGACAUCGCGAACUGCUGGACAAUGUCCUCAAACCGCGUGCUUGGUCACGCAAAGCAGAUGUCCAGCAGGUGUCAACAGGCAGUCAAGAAGAGGUUCCCCUUAAGCAGCAGGAAUGGAGCUCUAGUGUGGGGCAGGAGGAGCCAGAGCCCCCGCACAUCAAGGAGGAAGAGGAGGAAUCGUGGGAGCAGCUUGAAGGACUGGAUGAGGCUAACAUCACCAAGUUCCCAUUGAUUGAUGUCCCUGUGAAGAGUGAGGACUAUAAAGACAAGGCUCAGUCCUCACAGCUUCAUCCCUGUCAAAGUGAGGAGAACAGAGGGGUGGAGCCUCUAACUCAACACAUGACCACAGGAGAGGGUGCAGAGCACUGUGAAGGAUCAGAGGGAGACCUUUUUGCUCCACUGUCAGACAUGGACGACAUGAUGUCACACUCUCCUGGGAGCGAUCACAGCGACGCUGCCAAAGAACCUUUGGAGACACAUAAGGACGCUAAAGGUGACAUGAGACAUUACACCGACAACAAACACUUUGACUGCGCUGAAUGUGGGAAAUCAUUUAACCAGAAGUGUAAUUUGACGUUACAUAUGAGGACACACACCGGGGAGAGACCGUUUUCUUGCAAUUUUUGCGGUAAAAGAUUCUCCCUAAAGCAUCAUGUGAAAAGACACAUGAGAAUACAUACAGACGACCAGAAGGGGUCAGGGAAGAGUCAAGAAGAGCAGAAGGAGUGGCUCUCCAGCGUGGAACAGGAUCAGUCAGAGGCCCCAGGCAUUAAAGAGGAAGAGGACAUGCAACACCUGGCAACAGAAUCUGACAGAGCGUAUUUUGGACAAAACAUCCAAUCAGAGCCAGAUAGCGUCUGCGCUCCGCUGUCCGAUAUGGACGACACGUCAGAAGGGAUGGAGGCGGCUGACAUUACCGAUUUCCUAUUGACUUAUGUCCCUGUGAAAAGUGAGGACGCGGAAGACGACGCUCAGUCCUCACAACUGCAUUAUUGUGGAAGUGAGGAAAACAGGGAGGCGGAGCCUCUGACGCAACACAUGACGGCAGAAGACGAUGGAGAGCACUGUGGAGGAUCACACACAGACAUAUUGGACGACAUGGCCGACUUUUCUGACACCAAUCCCAAUGAUGACGCCAACAAACUUUUGGAGAGUAAUACGGACGCUGAUAUGAGACAUCACAUCGACAACAAACACUUUACCUGCUUUGAAUGUGGGAAAUCGUACGUCAACAGGGCAGGAUUGAAAAGACACAUGACGAUACACACGGGAGAAAAACCUUUUGCUUGCUCGGUUUGUGGUAGAAGUUUCCACUUGCAGGAAUACUUGACCAGACACAUUAGAACGCAUACAGAGGAGAAACACCUCCCCUGUUCAGUCUGCGCUAAAGGAUUCAAGUCCAAGAAUGACAUGAUAAAGCACAUAAGAACGCACGCACUUGAGAAAUCUUUGCCCGGCUCGGAUCAAACGGGGCAAAAACACACCUCAGAAAAACCUCUCACCGCCGUGCCGACAGAAGACGAUGGAAAGCACCGCGGAGAAUCGCCAACGGACAUCAACGUUGCCUUACAGUCGGAUACGAAGGGAACGACGUCACAUUCUUCUGAGACCAAUCACAGCGACGAAAUCCAAGAAGUUUCGGAGAGUAAUAAGACUAAAGGUGAUAAGGUGCGUUGCAGGAAGCGCAAAUACAUUCCAUGCUCCGAAUGCGGGAAGGCAUUUGUCAGCAGUAAUUUGAUACUACACAUGCGAACGCACACCGGAGAGAAACCUUUCCCCUGCUCAGUUUGCGGGAAAAGAUUCUCCUUGAAGCAUCACAUGACGAGACACAUGCGCAUUCAUUCGGGGGAGAAACCUUUUUCUUGCUGGUUUUGCAGCAAAAGUUUCCGAUUAAAGUACCAAGUGAGCAACCAUAUGCGCAUACAUUUGGCCGUCAGAUAGAUUUUUGAAGAAACACUCCGGAGAAACUGUCCUGUUGCAGUUUGUGUAAUACAAGCGUCACCUUCAAGAACCGGGCCAGGAAACCACUAACCAAAUGUUAAUGAGUAUGCUUCACUAUUUAAUCACUUUCAAAGUUGUGCAUUGUGAAUCAAGUUGCCGUUCUUAAUAAUGUUAGAGCUUUCUGUGUGCUCACCGGCUGUGUAUAGAGCAUAGUAUACCCAGCGAGGGUGUUGGAUGUCCCAAAAAACUUAAUACAGUUAAAAUAUAAAACAUAGUUUUAUUUUGUAUGAGGAGGAAAAAUAGCACUGUUAAAAAAUAUGUCUUGUGCAAUUGAAUUUUGAAUUGGGGAUGUAGGGUGGUCAACAGGAUGAAUUUUGGCCCAUUCAACACCAUCCUGAAGUUUAAAUGGCUCAAAAUGUAUAUACAAAACAACAAGCUUUGGUAUUACUUUACAAAUGUUAUUUUUGAAAAAGUUAGUGGCAUUGAAUUCUCAUUAAAACGCGAUUAUGAUCCUGCUAAACUUCCACUUACAUUAUCUCAAUUGCACUAACAAACUUUACGUUCCUGAUUAAUUUGCAAAAACACAACUUCUCACUCCAUGUGCUGUCAUCUGGAACAACACUUUUGUUCAAUUCAAAACUGGGUUGGAAAUGAUGUUUUGCUAUUUUCACAGCUCCUUAGUUCAAACAGUAAUAUCUACAUUUAUACUCAUAUUUAGCAAAAACCUACCUUUCUAAUACCAGAAAAAUAUGUCCUCAUGAUUAAAAACUAACACUAAUAAACCUUUGUCAAGAGCGUGAUCAAACAAAGCCUAGACCUUCGUCAUUCGAUUAAUGGUAUGGAUCUAAUAGACAAAAAGUGAAAUAAUCUCCAGGAAGUUUGUCAGACCAAAACUUUCAAUGUCGGUCAGUACAAAUUGAAGAAAAUAUUUAAUGGCGUUGAUUGGAAAUAAAAAAAUAUACUGUGUUCCAUUUUUCAAAAUGAACAAACUAUUAGAAUAACCAUGUUUUCCAGUAUAUCUUAACAUUAAUUUUUGUUGUCUAUUUUUUGUAUUUAUUUUUUAUUUUUUUAAGUUUUUGCAAAACACUAUUCUGUUAUCUAUGUAUCAUAACAUAAAUAUGAAAGAAAAGGAAUCUGCCAUAUUUGAGAAACUAAUACAGUGGUACCUCAACUUCAGAGUGUUUUGAGAUAAUAGCGGUCUCUCAGCUAAAUGUUAUGCUUGUAAUACAAGCAACAACGCCAUUAGGUGGCAUGACAAAUGCCUCAAAUAACCCCGUAAGAUCCACUCAAAACAUCCGGUCUUGCUCACGAGCAAUAGCUUAUAGCUAGAGAUCGACAUAAUGUCCGUUGAGUUAAAAAAAAGUAAUCAUCCAAAAACAUGACUGAGUGUGUUGCCUUCUUGGCAAAAUGUAUUGAGUGAACGCUAAAGCAGAAUGAGUCUAAUGCCAGCCAAGAAUGUUCAAAUAAUAUCCAAAUGGUGUACAUUUAUCCAUGAAAAUAUGAAAUAGCUGCUGGUGGGGUGUUUGACAGAGAAGCAGCUCGAAGGAGAUAUUGUAAAAGUCUACUCGCUAAGGUGACUGUUGUACAUUAUUGUUACAUUACUUAAUAAUAAAACUACUGUAUUUGUUAGUAGUACAUGUUGUAACUUCUGUUGUGAAGUACACUGUUAGUACAUGUUGUAACUUCUGUUGUGAAGUAUACUGUUAGUUGGAGCUUCCCUUGAGAAGUAUACUGUUUAACAGCUCAUUUAAGUUGCAUGUUUACAUGAUUGUAGAUGCUAUGUUCAUGUGUAUUCAUGUGUGGACAAUAAGACCAGAUGGCAAAGGUAUUAGGUAUUGUUUUGGGCCAAAAGAACUCCACUUCCCGCGGGAAGUUAAGGUAAGAAGAGCGCUGAUAUUGUUCAUAUGUA